AUAGUAGGGUAAUACUGACAAUACGUGUGAGGCGAGGUGGAGCUACGCGUUACAACCAAUCGUACCCGCAUUCUUUAGGCUCGCCAUCUCCUCAGCUCUGCAUGUAUCCACAUAAACAUUGAGUUCUGUUUUUGGAAGUGGGUGAUAUUUCAUAGAAGCUUCAUUUGGCAUGUCGAUUGAUCAUCACAGUGGCAAAGGUUAUGCGCCUUUGCCACAAAGCAUAAGCAACACUGAUACAGAGGAUGAAGAUUGUUUGCCACAACAAAACGAAACUCCUAAAGAACAUACAGAUGAUGCUUUAGCGGAAUCAACAAUAGUUCAUGAAAAUGGAAUAUAUUAUCCUUUGGAUGAAACAAAAAAUGCAACGAAUCGGAUGAAAAAUGGACAGAAUAUGCUUAAAUAUUACAGAGACGACAUACCAAUAAUGGUAAUUGAGGGGAAUGAUCAAAAUGAUUUAUGGAAACCACGUGACAUGUCUCCCCUUCGCCGAUUCUGUUUGGUUAUAUCUAUAUUACUUUGUAUUAUAACAAUAGUUGUAUUUUUAUAUGUUUUACCUUGUGACAAUUCAAUGGUUUGUGCCACAAUUUCUGAACCUAAAUCAUCAAUAUCAUGGCAUAGAACUUUACAUGAAUUAGAAUUAUAUGGCCCUAUCUCUAUCAUUCAAGAUAAACCGUCUAAUCUCAUAUUCUUUGUUCGUGGUCAAAAAUACAAAGGAAAUGACACAACUGAAGAUCCGGGACAAAUAUCGGCAGGGGGAGGAAUAAUAUCAUUGCAAGAAAAUAGUGGUUCACCAUUAUGGUUAGUUUCAUUGAAAAGAUCACCUACUGAAAUAGAUUGUAUUACGGUUGAUACCGAUAAGUCUGGAAAACCAGAUUGCAUAGUUGCUGGUGAUCAAGGCCUCUUAGCUAGUAUCGAGCCUAUUGCAGGCAUUAUACAAUGGAGUUCAAAAAUUCAUACAUAUGAAAAGUUACCCCUAAUUUUGCCAGAUAUUGAUUCAGAUGGAGUUGCGGAUUUUUUAACUAUAGAGGUAGCAAUAAAAAAUAUGCCUAAUCUUGUCCUUUUAUCUGGAAAGACUGGUAAUCUUUUAGGAAGAUAUUCAACUGAGAACUGUUCGUUAGUUCUAUUAAUGAAUUCUAUUUCCAAUGAUACUAUAUCUUAUGUUUGUAAUGAAAAUAACAGAAAAGAUAUUGUGAAAACAAUGACACUUCCUGGAUUACUUCAUGCUAUGAAAUUACCAGAGUUAUAUAAGCAAUCUGUAGCAAAAUCAUCAGCUCCGUUUCGUAUGUUUCAAACAUUAAUGCAUCACGAUCAGGAACAUAAUUGGAAGCCUACAUCGUAUCAUAAUUUAAUUAUAGAAAAUGAAGGUUCGUGUCCUGGAGAACUUUGCAAAGCUAGUAUAAAGUUAACGUUAACUGGUAGCCAACCAAUAACUAUAUGGGAUCAUGUUAGUCCAAAUUCUUUUGUAUCGAAACCAGCUUUCCUAGUUACAUCUGGGGGUCCUUACAGUUUUGGAUUUGCUAUCAAGUUUUGGCAAUGGCUUGACUCCAUAACUGAACACACGAAAACAGUAUCUACUAUUACAGAAAAAAGAUUAAUAGAAAGUGUCUUAGUAGUAUUUGUUAACUACACUGAUAUUCAGGUUAUGAAUGCAAGUCAAAGUGAUGUCAUCCAGUUGUGUGAAGGAGCAGAUUGUCAACCAAAUUUGAAUUUGCGUGCUCGUUUUAGUUCACUUAAAAUCGAUUAUACAAGCGAAGACGGAUUCCCAGAAUUAAUAACUUAUUGGUCUUCGUAUAAUGUAGAGUCACAAAAGGAGCUUUACUUGACGUCUAACGUUCAAGUUGUAAAGUUAGAUUCCAUCGUGACUAGUCUGCCACGUAUAAGUGUUUAAUGAUUUUUAUGUUUACUUAGUAGCUGUACUUGUUUCUAAAUACAUUACUCCAGCUUCACCACCCAAAAGCAAGCAUAAUAAACAGCAACGAAACGGAUACAUAUGUCCGCGAAUAUAUUUAAGUGAAUUUAUUGUUGAAGGUGACUGGUCAUGAUUCUCUUAGAGCUAGUCAACACAUUUAAGAGUAACAGAACAAUGAUUUUUGCAGUUGCCUAAUUUAUUAUAAAAUCAUCUUUCAAACAAUAAUUUUCGUACUAAGCGGCCAUUGUUAUCGUCUACAUAUUUUAAAUGAACUCUCAAUGGUGCCUUGCAAAAGUUAUAUAGAAAAAUUAUGAGUAUAUGCAAAAUCUAAAUUUGCAAAACUACUUACAUGUUAUUAGAGAACAUACUACAUGAACGUUUAACAAAGUGCUGAAAGAGAUAGCAAAGUUCCUUUUCUAAUAUUACUUAACAGUGUGUGUGAGACUUUUUUUAUGUAAAUUCAUUAUUCAUCUCGAAUGAAUCGUUUCCUACAAGGAAUAGAGCUUAUUGCACACUAAUGCUAGUGCAGCCUAAUAGAAAUUCAAUAGCGAAUAAAAAUCUAAUUCUAGUCAAAUUUGUAUUAUUCUAUUCGUUUUAUUUGAAAAUUAUGUAUUUAUGCAUUAUUGUAAAUUAAUUAUUCAUCAUUCCAAAGUGUAGCGUUUUUUCCGAUUUUUUGCCUGUGAGUGAUUUUGUUUCUAAAUGAAAGUAUACCAACCUUAAAAUAAACGGUACUAAUUGUAUAUGACUCUAUAGAUUGUAUUUUCUUAAAUACAUUAAAUUUUGUUGAUUGUUCAAAUGUAUACUUCUUUCUUGAAAUAAAAGAAUUUGAAUGAAAAUA